CCAGGUGGUGUAGUUUGUUUUGAUUUUCCAUCUCCACUUUUGAACGUGUUUCUCGACUUCUCCGACAUUCUUUCCAUCGACUUACCAUGAUGCGACGAGCUUUUACUGGAUCGGUUUACCAGUUCAUGUAUGGUAGGUGUCGGCAGUUCGUGCCGUCAAUCUGCCAAUUAACAGGUUUCCACACGUCAAUCGUUAACAACACCGUCAGUGCAAAGAAAUUUGUUUUCUCCAAAAGGUUUAAUGGUUUGCCUCAACACGAUAAUUUUAGUUUGGAAGUUGAAGAGCUACCAGAACUAAAAGCAGGAGAUGUUCUUUGUGAAGCCCUUUAUCUCAGUGUAGACCCUUACAUGAGACCUUACAGCCUUAGCUGGCCUCUUGGGACAACAAUGAAAGGAGGACAAGUUGCAAAAGUUGUAGAAUCCAAAAAUGACAAGUUUCCCAUUGGAUCUCUCCUGGUUGGCUAUUUGGGAUGGAGAACUCACACAGUUAUCAAUCCAGAUAUUAAAUCAAAGAAUUUCAUGGAGGAGAUCACUCAACUGCCCGAGUUGGGAUCACUGUGUCCAUCUGUCGGAUUAGGGGCCGUUGGAAUGCCAGGUAACUCUGCAUAUUUCGGGUUCCUGGAAAUUUGUAAACCCAAACCGAACGAUGUCGUGGUCGUGAGUGGAGCAGCCGGAGCAGUCGGUAGUUUAGUCGGUCAAAUAGCCAAAAUCAAGGGUUGUCGGGUGAUUGGCUUUGCUGGAACAAACGAUAAAGUCAAAUGGCUAGAGGAUGAACUGGGUUUCGAUAGGGCUUUCAACUACAAAGUGUGCGACUUGAAAAGUUCUUUGAAGGAAGCUGCUCCCAACGGUGUUGACUGUUAUUUCGAUAAUGUUGGAGGGCCAUUGAGCGUAGCUGUCCGCAGUCACAUGAAUGAUUUUGGGCGUAUUUCCGUGUGUGGUGCCAUUUCUUUGUACAAUGACACUACGCCGACUCUUGUCCCUUGCGUUGAACCCGCAAUGGUCUUUAAGCAGCUUAAGAUGGAAGGCUUUCUCAUCCACCGUUGGACUAAUCGCUUCCAAGAAGGAAUGAGUCAAAUGCUAACCUGGAUUCAGGAGGGUAAAAUCAAAAUCAAGGAAACACAUACCGAAGGAUUUGAAAAUAUGCCCCAAGCUUUUAUUGAUAUGCUGAAAGGAGGCAACCUUGGAAAAGCGAUUGUCAAAGCAUAAAUCAACACUAAACUUAAUUUUCUUUAUUCUACAAGGUCUUCCCGGACAGCUUUGGGUUAUGGAGGAGUAUAGUGAUCGAUUUAAAUAGUUUGUUAUAAGAUCUUAAUUCUAUUAAUAAAGACAUGGGAGAAAUGA